AGCAUCUGAUGGAGGCUAUACUGAUGGAAAGUAUUAGUUGUGUUUUUUCAAUUGAAGCUGCAAAAGCAAAAGGGGGAUAGAGUUGGGAUCUGGCUGAAAAACUUGUCUUGGAUCGUUUUGGUAGUUUUACUGAUUCAUUUGUAUUUUCCAAGGCUAAGGCUGGUGGUGGCGUCCACGCCUUUAGACCUAUGCUAAAGGCCAUAGAUAAAUUCAUCAAUUGCCACCCACCACCGAUACUCAAGUCACAGCAGACCGCACUCGACAUACUCGACGUAAAUGUAGCAGCCAGCUUAAUGCAUGUGACGCUAGGACCUUCUUUGCAAAGUCUAAUUCAACGAGCUAUUCAAUAUAAGAAUGAGAAUGGUGAGGCAGAUGUCGAGGUUAAAUAUUUGAUUCUUGCUUUCGCACAAGAUGAACGGUUUGGAAAGAAAUUCAUGAAAGAUUUUCAUAUACCCCAUCCAACUUUGACAUUUUUAAAAACUAAGAAAAUAACAGCGGGACCCGACUAUGAGAUAUUUGAUUUGGAAGAGAUGGAGGAAGAGAUUUAGGCCUGCGUGUCUUUCUUAAAGGACAAAUAUGAUGCUCGUAGACUUGCUGAUCUUAUAUACCUUCUUUUAAUCAAACAAAAGGCACACAUACUAAAUGUUUGUUUGCUUUUAUAACAUUCUUCUUUUGCUCUCAUCAUAAGUUUAUUCUAUUAAUUAAUAGAACAAAAUUUAUUACGAUUUUGAUUAAAAAAAUAAUUACUUAAAAAAUUUUCAUAUGCAGAUCCAGAUCGAGCAGCAGCAGUUAAUGGGGACACACAGUUUAGAUAAUUAUUUUUAUAAGCCUUUUUAGUCUUAAUAUGUUUCCUAAAUCUCUAAUCUUUUUCUCAACCUAUGUUUGAACAUAUAUUUGGCUCUUGCAGAUAAAGGAAUUUAGGUGGCUUUUCAAUGAGCAAUAUAGUAGGUCUCUUAUCAUGCCUAGUACAAUCUAUCCUGCAUGUUAGGCUGGAAAUUUGUAGUCUAGCUAAAAUGCUAACGGUAUUUUAGUUGUUAUUAUUAUUAUUAUUAUUAUUAUUAUUAUUAUUAUUAUUAUUAUUAUAGUGAAUGGAAUUUGAACACUAAAACGUUAGUGGAUGAAUAGUGGAAGACAGUGCUAAUGGGAUCCUGCAGUAGUUUAAACAUUAGCAAAGCAUGGUUAACCUCAAUAAAUAUAUAGUUAUGGCCUAAAACCAAAAGCA